CCACCUUGUCAGGUUCUUCUAAGGCAGUUGUAAGACAGAAUCAGGACUUACACAAGGUAAUUAAAAGCAUCAGUGAUUUCCUUUUGGGAGAAAUCUAACUUUGAGACCCUUUGGAGUAUUUAUGUUACUUAGAUAUUGAAUCUUCCCCAAAAGGCAGAAAUGAUUUUAACCUGUGGUUGCAAUAUUUCACAUCAUGCAACCCUGGAAAGUAGAAUAAAUAGCCUCUGUUUUGUGUAGCCCCACUUCUGCACCCCAAGAAAAAAUGCAAAAGGAGUUAAAUUUGACUCGGAAAUUUACUGUGCUAUAACGGAAAGACUUACGGAGAAAGGUAGACUUUUCUAAUAUAUUUCUGGAUCCUUCUCAUUGUUCCUGGUGCUGCACUUCUAAGACAUCCUUAAAAACUCUUUUCCCUAGCAAAGCCAGGCAAAUGUUGCCUGUAGAACUUUCUGACAACUGAUCUCGUCACUCUUUCUACCUGAAAAGGGAGCAAAGUGCAACAGCCUCGCAUGAACAUUUUCAGCCACUCACCAUGGCUUUCCUCCCUGGAAACAACUCCGACUGCUCCAACUGCACCCACUCUGUGGGGCCUGUGAACAUUUCAAAGGCCAUUUUACUAGGUGUUCUUCUAGGGGGGCUGAUUGUUUUUGGGGUUUUGGGUAAUAUUCUGGUUAUCCUCUCUGUAGCCUGCCACAGACACCUUCAGAGUGUCACCCACUAUUACAUAAUUAACCUGGCUGUAGCUGACCUCCUCUUGACUUCCACUGUCCUGCCCUUCUCAGCUACUAUGGAGAUUUUGGGCUACUGGGUCUUUGGGAGAAUCUUCUGCAACAUCUGGGCAGCUGUUGAUGUCCUUUGCUGCACUGCUUCCAUUAUGAGCCUUUGUAUCAUCUCGAUAGACAGAUACAUCGGGGUGAGCUACCCACUGAGGUACCCAAGUAUAGUGACAGAGAAGAGAGGCCUCCUGGCAUUACUGUGUGUUUGGGCAUUGUCUCUGGUGAUAUCGAUCGGGCCUCUUUUCGGCUGGAAGGAACCAGCACCAGAAGAUGAGACCAUCUGUCAAAUCACCGAGGAGCCUGGCUACGUGUUGUUCUCCGCUCUAGGCUCCUUCUACCUCCCCCUGACUAUUAUCUUAGUGAUGUAUUGCCGAGUGUACAUAGUGGCCAAAAGGGAAAACAAAGGCCUGACUUCUGGUCUGAAGACAGAGAGAUCUCAUUCCGAAGAAGUAACUCUACGGAUCCAUCGUAAAAACGCUCCUGAAGCGAGCGGGUCGGCAUCCAACCCCAAGAGCAAGCAUCAUUUUUCGGUGCGCCUCCUCAAGUUCUCCAGGGAAAAGAAAGCCGCCAAGACCCUGGGAAUAGUUGUGGGAUGCUUCGUUCUCUGCUGGCUUCCAUUUUUUGUAGUAAUGCCUCUCGGUUCUUUCUUUCCUGCAAUCAAACCCCCGGACACACUUUUUAAAAUAACAUUUUGGCUUGGAUAUUUAAACAGCUGCAUCAACCCCAUAAUCUAUCCGUGCUCAAGUCAGGAGUUUAAGAAAGCGUUCCAGAAUGUCCUGCGAGCGCAGUGCCUCCCAAGGAAGCAAGCAGCGAAGAAGCAAUCCCCAAGUUUCAACCUCAACCAUCCCACUAGCAAAAGCAUGGAGAGCGGCAAAGGUGUGGUCCGUAUUCCUGUCGGCUCAGGAGAAACCUUCUAUAAGAUUUCCAAGUCGGAUGGGGUCUGUGAAUGGAAGAUAUUCUCAGCUGUGCAAAGCAUGCCUGCAAAAAAUGCAGUUUCUAAAGACUGUACUGCUGCCAAAGUGAAAAGUAAGGGCUUCCUCCAGGAAUGCUGCUGUGCAGGCACUUCGGGGAACCUUGUCCAUGAAAAUUGUAAAGUGCCAACCAUUAAACUACACACCAUCUCCCUCAGUGAAAAUGGGGAGGAUGUCUAAAGGACUGAAUGUGCCCAGCAAACUCAUGGCUCUGCUAACAGGAUGCUGCUUUUUUGGUAUUGGGAAGUAGUAGAUGCUACAACAGUUGAAAGGAUCCAGGUGAAACAAACAGCAUCCUGUAAAACAGAGCUACAGCUUUUGAGGAGUGAUGGCUUUGAGUGCUGGUAGCCUGAACAAAGCCCCUUAAAGACAGUAAAUGACUUCAGUGCAUGGUGAGCACCCUGCGGUCUUCCGAGAGACUGGCCUCUGCAAGUCAUUUGCCUGACAUUUAAAGGCUUUAUUUUUCACUGUAUUCCCCUGUUUCAGAGUUCCUACUGCUCUGAUUUAUGAGCAACAGGGGAGAGAGAGCAAACUACAGAGACCCAUGCUGAUUUCAGCAUGGAUACUUUUAGACAGCUCCACAUAUAGAGCCAUUUUGUGAUUCCGCUCCCCCAAAAAAGCUAAACCUCGACUCAACAGCUGGGAGAGCUGAGGUUGGGAGGCUCAGGUCUCGGGACAGUGUUUACAGAUCUCUGCUUACUUUUUGUGAGGGGCUGUGGACAAGAAUGUUCUCCUACCGUGUCCUGCCUCUUUUGUUCAUGUCCAGGUCCUGGCUUGGCGAGGUCCUGCACGCCUUGUUGAAGAGAAUAGGCAGCUCUUUGGAUUUGCAUCGUCAGCUGGGCAGCCUCAUUGGUCCUCAUGCCUGGGCCACACCAGGUGGGGAUUUGGUCUUCUGUAACGCCCACAGGCUGCUUGUCCUCAGCCUGUCUUGAAAAGCAAGUCUCUUCAGCUCACAGGGCAUAGCAAAACACGCCCAGGGCUCCUGCCCUGCUUGGAGUCGCUCUGAGUUUCCCUUUGUGCUGUGGAUUUCAACAAACUCCAUUGCCAAGGGAAGCUUGAUCCAAGUGGCUGCACCCCACCUAGCUUCAGAGACCAACCAGAACGUUUCUUCUUUGUACAACCAACCUCCCAAAUCUCCAAACAAAACCAAAUGAAAAUUUGCAUGCAUCCUAGGUUUGUUUGGAAGGUCUCUGUGCUUUGAUGCGGGUCUAAUAAAAUUCAAAACUAGGUAAGUCAUCAUCAAAUGAGGCUAAAAGAGGUCAUUUUCCCUCAUCCAUUUGUUUUCCUUGUUCUGAAUCCAGCAGGGACCUGCUUAAAAACUCAGUAACUCCUUGCUCAGGUGCCUGCUAGUCAGAUCAGUGCCACAGUCACUGGAAAAGCUGCAGACAUUUUGCUGUCUCCCUGCCCAGUGUUACGGUACAUUCCUUUUCUGACUCCUUCAGUACCAAGUGCUCUAAGCUCUCUAUGAGAUCCUGGCUAUCCUGGAGUCAGGAACUUUACCCUCGUUCUGAGCAGUGGGAAUUAAGCACGUUAAAUGGCUUAAAGACAUACAUCCCCAUGAGAAAGGGCCAUCCUUUGGGAAUUUGGGAGAAAAGCAUUUGGAAGCAUGUUAUAUUUUAAUAUAGCUA